GUAUUUCUUUCUGCAAUGGCCAGGACCAAGCAGACAGCGCGGAAGUCCACGGGCGGGAAGGCCCCGCGCAAGCAGCUGGCCACCAAGGCCGCCCGCAAGAGCGCGCCGGCUACCGGCGGCGUCAAGAAGCCGCACCGCUACCGGCCCGGCACCGUGGCCCUGCGCGAGAUCCGCCGCUACCAGAAGUCCACCGAGCUGCUGAUCCGCAAGCUGCCCUUCCAGCGCCUGGUGCGCGAGAUCGCGCAGGACUUCAAGACCGACCUGCGCUUCCAGAGCUCGGCCGUCAUGGCGCUGCAGGAGGCGUGCGAGGCCUACCUGGUGGGCCUGUUCGAGGACACCAAUCUGUGCGCCAUCCACGCCAAGCGCGUCACCAUCAUGCCCAAGGACAUCCAGCUUGCGCGCCGCAUUCGCGGAGAGAGGGCGUCCGCUGAAGAAGUAUAUAAAGCACUGCGUGCAAGUCUCCAAAGGUUGGUUGUUCCAUCUACAAACAUGUCUGGUCGUGGUAAGGGUGGGAAGGGUCUCGGCAAAGGCGGCGCCAAGCGCCACCGCAAGGUGCUGCGCGACAACAUCCAGGGCAUCACCAAGCCCGCCAUCCGGCGCCUGGCCCGCCGCGGCGGCGUCAAGCGCAUCUCCGGCCUCAUCUACGAGGAGACCCGCGGGGUGCUCAAGGUCUUCCUGGAGAACGUGAUCCGCGACGCCGUCACCUACACGGAGCACGCCAAGCGCAAGACGGUCACGGCCAUGGACGUGGUCUACGCGCUCAAGCGCCAGGGCCGCACCCUCUACGAAAUCGGCAGGGAGGAAGUGGGAGGAGCAGGUCCCGUCGAAUCAGAGCGCGGGAGUCUCUAUAAAUAUUGCGUUGGCCGUUUCCUCUGCUCUUUACCGUUAGGUUGUCGUCUCGGUGUCGAUAUGGCCCGGACGAAGCAGACGGCGCGCAAGUCCACGGGCGGGAAGGCCCCGCGCAAGCAGCUGGCCACCAAGGCCGCCCGCAAGAGCGCGCCGGCCACCGGCGGCGUCAAGAAGCCGCACCGCUACCGGCCCGGCACCGUGGCCCUGCGCGAGAUCCGCCGCUACCAGAAGUCCACGGAGCUGCUGAUCCGCAAGCUGCCCUUCCAGCGCCUGGUGCGCGAGAUCGCGCAGGACUUCAAGACCGACCUGCGCUUCCAGAGCUCGGCCGUCAUGGCGCUGCAGGAGGCGUGCGAGGCCUACCUGGUGGGCCUGUUCGAGGACACCAACCUGUGCGCCAUCCACGCCAAGCGCGUCACCAUCAUGCCCAAGGACAUCCAGCUCGCGCGCCGCAUUCGCGGGGAGAGGGCUUAAUUUCUUGGGUGUUCCACAGCUAUACACUCCACCCCUAAAGGCUCUUUUCAGAGCCCAUCAAUUCUCAUCGAUAAAGAGCUGUUGGCUUUUCUGAAACAUGGCCACUUUGAAA